AGCGCCAUAGUCCCCGUAGUCCAGGCGACUGUAACCCACCAACAACAGCCUCUCUCCAUCAUUACACCACCUCCUCCUCCACAUCCUCAUCCUCAUCCACCCGUCCACUGCAGGCGCCAUGCAGACCCCUGAAGCGGGCGCUGACUCCACCUCCACUGUCCCCCUUCAGACCACUGUGCCUGUCCAGCCUGCAGGCUCCUCCCAGCAACAGGCCCAGACUGUUCCACAGGUCCAGCAUGUUUACCCAGCACAGGUGCAGUAUGUGGAGGAGAACAGUGGAGUUUACACCAACGGCAACAUAAGAUCUUACACAUACUCAGAGACGCAGCUGUACAGCCAGAACAGUGGAGGGAGCUAUUUCGACACCCAGGGGAGUUCACCACAAGUGUCCACAGUGGUCACAUCUCAUGGCCUGACCAACAAUGGAGGAGGAGGCAGUGGGGGCAUGAGCAUAGGCCUGACCGGGGCUCAGGUAAUCAGCAGUACGUCUGGGGGCUACCUCAUGGACAACGCUGGACCCCACACUGCGACCCAAGCUGCACGAGCUUCUCCAGCCACUAUUGAAAUGGCGAUUGAGACGCUCCAAAAAUCGGAGGGUUUAUCCAGUCAGAGAAGUUCGCUGCUGAACAGCCAUCUUCAGUGGCUUCUGGACAAUUAUGAGACGGCUGAGGGCGUCAGUUUACCACGUUCCACACUCUACAAUCACUAUUUACGCCACUGCCAGGAGCAGAAACUGGACCCCGUCAAUGCAGCCUCUUUUGGCAAACUCAUCCGUUCAAUCUUCAUGGGACUAAGGACCAGGCGCCUGGGGACCAGAGGGAACUCCAAAUACCAUUACUAUGGUAUACGUGUGAAGCCUGAUUCUCCACUCAACAGACUUCAAGAAGACAUGCAGUACAUGGCUCUGAGACAGCAGCCUGUCCAGCAGAAGCAACGAUUCAAGCCAGUGCAGAAGUUUGACACCAGUUCUGGAGACAGUUAUUCAGGAGGAGGUCAGCACCAGCCUGGGGUGGCGGAGCAGACGGUUAUUGCACAGAGCCAGCACCACCAGCAGUUUUUAGAUGCAUCUCGAGCACUACCUGAUUUUAUCGAGCUGAAUCUUGGACAGAGCCUGACUCCUGAAAAUAUCAGUCAAGAGGAUGUGAAGGCGCUACAGUCACUUUACAGAGAGCACUGCGAGGCCAUCCUGGACGUGGUCGUUAACCUCCAGUUCAGCCUCAUUGAGAAGCUGUGGCAGACAUUUUGGCGUUAUACUCCUCCUGACUCAGCAGAGGGCGCCACAGUAACAGAAAACAGCAGCAUAAGUGAGAUUGAGGGGCGACUCCCGCGUUCACAGCUGAUCGUUCUGUGUCGACAUGACUCUGUCCUAAAGUGGAUGAGCACGUGUGACCAUCUCAUGUACCAGGCCCUCGUUGAGAUUCUCAUUCCUGAUGUCCUGAGACCAAUUCCCAGUGCCUUGACUCAAGCCAUUCGUAACUUUGCCAAAAGCCUGGAAGGUUGGCUGACCAAUGCCAUGAACGCCAUUCCACAGAGAAUGAUACAGACCAAGAUUGCCGCUGUUAGUGCCUUUGCACAAACUUUGCGCAGAUAUACAUCUCUUAACCAUCUGGCUCAGGCAGCACGUGCCGUUCUGCAGAACACCUCCCAAAUCAACCAGAUGCUGAGUGAUCUUAACCGAGUGGAUUUUGCCAAUGUGCAGGAGCAGGCCUCGUGGGUUUGCCAGUGUGAGGAGGGAGUGGUGCAGCACUUGGAGCAGGACUUCAAAGCCACGCUGCAGCAGCAGAGCUCUCUGGAGCAGUGGGCUGCCUGGCUGGACAACGUGGUCACUCAAGUGCUCAAGCCCUUUGAGCAUCGGCCCAGCUUCCCCAGAGCUGCCCGACAGUUUUUACUGAAGUGGUCUUUCUACAGUUCUAUGGUAAUCAGGGACCUGACCCUGCGCAGUGCUGCCAGCUUUGGCUCUUUCCACCUGAUCCGUCUGCUCUAUGAUGAGUACAUGUUCUACCUGGUGGAGCACCGUGUGGCCCAGGCCACAGGGGAGACGCCGAUAGGUGUCAUGGGCGAAUUUGACAGUCUGAAUAGUUUAACACUGACAAACAUUGACAAAGAUGAGACGAGUGGGAUGGACAGUGACUUGGAGGACGACACAGACACUUGUGGGGAACCUUUAGCAAAGCGGGAGAGGUCUGAGCACGAGGUGAUCCAGGUGAUCCAGGUGGGAGCCCUGGAGGACGGCUCUCACCCUGUGGUGGGGGUGGUCCAGCCCGGCGUCCUGCACUCGCUGCCCCAGCCUCCCCCUGACCACAGCGAACACAUCCUAACCCCGUCAUCUGCGACACCCACCAUCCGCCACUGCAGCGCCACGGGCAACACCUACGCUUCCGUUUGAACAGGGGCCGACCCUUUAUGCUCUCACUAAUCACAUAUCUCUUCUGUAUCUGUGUUUGUGUGUCUUCAUGCUCGGUCUGUCUGCUCUUGUGGGGGAACACUGUUUCAGGUCAGCCUAGUCUCGUGAGGACUGCUGACCGCCGCAUUGUCCAUGUCCAACUGUCUCUGGAUGUGGUGUUGUCUCUCAGUCCUGUGCUCUGAUAGUGUGUCAGCCCUUGGGAAGGACUUGGAGGAAAAGAAAAGUUUCACCCCUAAAUUCUGAGCUCAAAUCCAUGUCACUGGUCCCAGGGAAGUAAAGUCAUUCACUCAGUCACGUUUCAUCUGCUUUUUCUGUAUUUGAGAUUGGUAUUACCCCAAAUCAUGGUGCUAUUACUGUCCUUUUUUGCAGUCCAUUUUCAUUUUGGAAGCUUUCAUAACGAGCAUACCAACAUGCAACUGUUGGCUGAAUAACAUGAGUAUUGCAUGUAGCCAACAAACAAAUUUAAGAACUGGGUGGGUAAAAAAUACUGAAG